UCCUCGAGCUCUUCGAGCUCGGAUUCCACAGGCUCAGACUCAGACACAGACUCGGACCCGGACUCAGACUCAGAACUGGACGAUGACGACCUCAAUGACAGCGAUAUCGAGGACGCAGUCACUCCAGAAUAUCUCGCUUCCCUUCUCGAAAGGGCGCGCCAAAAUGCGGCCGCUUCUGCACGGCACAAUGAGGGCUCGGGCAGCAGCAGCGGCGCCAUGGACGACGGGAUCAUCGAGCUCGACGACCCACAAUCCGAACAACAAAAACUGCCGCCACUGGAUCCCGGCGUCCUCCCAAAAACAUAUUUCACUCUCAGUGCGACGCAUCAGGAGGCAUCCUCGUUGACGCACGAUCUCGAUGUAGAACGCGCAGAACGGUCUACGGCUUCUCUGAUCGCGCCUGCACCACCAGUUCAGCCCGACCCCGACCCGUUGACGAAGAAAGAGAAAAAAGCUCUGAGGGCCAAGACCGCGGGUGCAGACUGGUAUGACCUCCCAGCCCCGGCGGAGGCGGACUUGCCGCGACUAUACCGUGAAGUCGAAGCUAUGAGGCUCCGGAACCAGCUCGACCCGAAACGGUUCUACAAAAAGGACGAGGGCGAGGGCAAGGGUAUUAAAGGGCUUCCAAAAUACUUCGCGAUCGGGACCAUCGUCCCGACGAGCACGCCGUUCGGGAAGGCGAGCGGCGAUAAUUUGGUGCGCGCGGCGCGCAAGCGGACGUUGGUCGACGAACUGGUCGAUGAUGCCGAGGCGCGGAGGUACGCGAAGAAAAAGUUCGGCGAGUUGCAGGCCGUCCGGGGGGCGAAGGGGAGGGGGACGCUCGCGGCACGGAAGGCAGCGAAGAAAACGAAAUGGUGAUCGGGCCCGUUAUUAUUGAGGGCAUAUUCACGCGCUAGACAGAUAGUGACAGACGCAACCAGUUUCUUGU